ACAUAAUGUUCAAUGUAAAUUUCUAUACAUUUUAGACAGCAGCAUGUGAACAGGACUCUUAUUUUGGUGUGGUGGUGUGACGUCAUAAAGACGCGCCGCGCUCCUGCAUCUGUUGUGAUUCGGCUGAAGAAAGAAAAACUCCUGGUGAAGUGACUGAGAGCCACAUGACACUAUUAUAAAGAUGGUGUUAAAUGAUAUAAAUGGUAUUAAAGAGGAGAGUGAAGACCUGAGGAUUGAAGAAACAUUAAGAGUGAAACAAGAAGAAACUGAGGAACAAACAAAGAUGCCGUUUAUUAAAGAGGAGAGUGAAGACCUGAGGAUUGAAGAAACAUUCAGUGUGAAACAAGAAGAAACUGAGGAACAAACAGCCCCAGUGGUAAUGAAAGAGGACAAAGAAGUACUCAGUGAAACCGAAGAGAAAGAUCAAUAUGAGAAUCUUCAAGAUUUUAUAAUUGGAGAAAAACCUUUUCGGUGUUUGCAGACUGAAAAGACUUCCAAACAAAAAAAAGCUCAAAGAGACCGCACAGGAAAGAAUCCCUUUACCUGCCAACAGUGUGGACAAAGUUUCAGUCAUAAAGAAAGUCUUAACAGGCACAUGAAAAUUCACACCAGAGAAAAGCCUUACACAUGUCAACAGUGUGGGCAGAGUUUUGUUCAACGUGUAAACCUUAAAGUCCACAUGAGAAUACACACUGGAGAGAGUCCCUUCACCUGCCAACAGUGUGGAAAAAGUUUCAAUCAUAAACCAAAUCUUAACAGGCACAUGAGAAUUCACACCGGAGAAAAGCCGUACACCUGUCAAGAGUGUGGGGAGAGUUUUGCUCAAUGUGUAAACCUUAAAACCCACAUGACAAUUCACAGUGGGGAGAACCCUUUUACCUGCCAACAGUGUGGAAAAAGUUUCACUCGUAAAGAAAAUCUUGACAGGCAUAUACGAAUUCACACUGGAGAGAAGCCUUACAGAUGCCAACAGUGUGGAAAAGGUUUCCAUCAACAUGGAAACCUUAAAGUCCACAUUAGAAUUCACACUGAAAAGAGUCCAUUCACCUGCCAACAGUGUGGACAGAGUUUCAAUCAUAAAGUAAGUCUUGACAGGCACAUGAGAAUUCAUACUGGAGAAAAGCCUUACACGUGCCCUCUGUGUGGAAAAGGUUUCAAUCGUAAAGAAAGUAUUGACAGGCAUAUGCCAUCAGUGUGGGGAGAGUUUUGCUCAUCAUGAAAAGCUAGAAGUUCACAUGAGAAUUGGAAAAAUGGAAAAAGUUAAUGGAAAAAGUUUCAAUCAUAAAGCAAGUCUUAACGGGCAAAUGAGAAUUCACACCUGAGAGAAGCCUUACACCUGUCAAGAGUAUGGGAAAAGAUUCACACAUAAAGGAAGCCUUAACUGGCACAAGGCUAUUCACACAGGAGAAAAGCCUCACACAUGCCCUCAGUGUGGAAAAAGUUUCCAUCAGUGUUGAAUCCUUACAGUCCACAUGAGAAUUCAUACUAGAAGAGCCCCUUCACCUGCCAACAGUGUGGACAGUUUUUCAAUCGUAAGGAAAGCCUCAACAGGCACAUGAGUAUUCAUACUAUGAACUAAGAAGUUUCACUCAAACAGGAAACUUUAACAGGUACACAAGAAUUCCCACCAGAUAAAAGCCUUACAUCUGCCAACAGUGUUUAGAGAGUUUUACUCAACGUGGAAACCUUGAAGCCCACAUGAAAAUUCACACUGAGGAGAGCCCUUUUACCUGCAAACACUGGAAAAAGUUUAUUGGGGCUAUAUCAGUGCAUCUCUAACAUUAAUGGUAAUGAGCUCACACAAGAAUGACUCUCUCUUUUCAUACAGAUAACAUAAACAGAAUAUUUGUUUGUUUUGAAUUAGAUCAUUCGAAAUUUGACUCUUAAAUGUUUCUAUAAAUAUAAUGGUCAUGUCUGUGUGACAAAUAGUUUUGUUUUUUUUUCUUAAUUUUUGUGACAUGCAAUUGUAUGUGGACGCAAAUAAAAGAUUCUUUACAGUU